AUGGCGCUGCUCAAAGUCACGUUCGACCAGAAGAAGCGGGUCAAGUUGGCCCAAGGGCUCUGGCUCAUGAACUGGCUGUCGGUGCUGGCUGGCAUCGUCCUCUUCAGCCUGGGGCUGUUCCUGAAGAUCGAGCUGCGGAAGCGGAGCGAGGUGAUGAACCACUCGGAGAGCCAUUUCGUGCCCAACUCCUUGAUCAGCAUGGGGCUGCUGUCCUGCGUCUUUAACUCGCUGGCCGGCAAGAUCUGCUACGACGCCCUGGAUCCCGCCAAGUACGCCAAGUGGAAGCCCUGGCUGAAGCCGUACCUGGCUGUUUGCGUACUCUUCAACGUGGCCCUCUUCCUCGUGGCCCUCUGUUGCUUCCUGCUGCGGGGCUCCCUGGAGAGCACCCUGGCGCAGGGACUCAAGAGCGGCAUGAAGUACUACCGCGACACGGACACCCCCGGCCGCUGCUUCAUGAAGAAGACCAUCGACAUGCUGCAGAUCGAGUUCAAGUGCUGUGGCAACAACGGCUUCCGGGACUGGUUUGAGAUUCAGUGGAUCAGCAACCGCUACCUGGACUUUUCCUCCAAAGAAGUCAAAGACCGCAUUAAGAGCAACGUGGACGGGCGCUACCUGGUGGACGGGGUCCCCUUCAGCUGCUGCAACCCCAACUCUCCCCGGCCCUGCAUCCAGUACCAGCUCACCAACAACUCGGCGCACUACAGCUACGACCACCAGACAGAGGAGCUCAACCUGUGGGUGCGCGGCUGCCGGGACGCCCUCCUCAGCUACUACAGCAGCCUCAUGAACUCCAUGGGUGUCGUCACGCUGUUUGUCUGGCUCUUUGAGGUGACCAUCACAGUUGGGCUACGCUACCUGCACACAGCACUGGAAGGCGUGUCCAGCAUGGAGGAGGCCGAAGGCGAGAGCGAGGGCUGGCUAUUGGAGAAGAGCGUGCCCGAGACCUGGAAGGCCUUCCUGGAGAGCUUGAAAAAGCUGGGCAAGGGCAACCAGGUGGAGGCCGGGGGUGCAGACGCGGGCCAGGCCCCAGAGGCGGGCUGAUGGCCCCGGGCCCCCCCCUCCUGAACUCUGUGUAGCGGACUCCAGGAAACGCGGACCUCCCCCUUUGCCCAACUGUGGAAGUCCGACCUGCCCACGCAGGCUGCCCUCCUACACUGUGCUCGGUGGUGGGUUUAAAGAGUAGGGUCCCUGAAAUGUUUGUUGAAUGCCUGACUCCAGAGGUGGGUGAGCCAGCCCCUCCCGCCCACGCUCUGGGUCGUGCAGCUUCCAGGUGGAUCUGGGGUGCUGAGCAAGGGUGAGCCCAGGACCUGCGUCUCAGCUCCUGAAUUCAGUUCCACCCGAGACUACUGGCUCCUCCCCAAGGCUGCCCUCCUUAGUGCUUACCUAAGUUGCUUCUUUCCGCUUUGUUCUAUAUCCCAAGCGUCACCAGGGAAUUAGAAAAAGGUAAUGGCCGUGCUGAUUUUUCUUUUUGCCCUGUUUAAUGCCAAGAUGGACAGGCCGGCCGUUCUGCUUGCUGUGUCACAAGGUGGGGGCAGUUAAACUUUCCUAAGGAUAAUGGACUCUUCCAAAACACUGCAGACUCCGCACAGGAAUUCUCUAAUAGUAGAGCAAGAGAAUUUCUGGGCAGGAGAUCAUGUCCCUGGCACCCCCCCCCCAAAAAAAAAAAAAGUUGUGUCAUGUUCGCAUGCUCUCGGUCACCGAGCAAGCCCAGAGUGAGCCUUGGCGCCCGUCUGGGGAAGCCCCAUGUAGGACACUGCUGUGCUGGGAUGAGGAGCAGUGAUCCAACAAGAGUCUAACCUCUGGGGACCCCUCGCCGACAACACUCUCUUCAGUGGAGGGCAAGGGGUCCUCAGGGCCUCAGGGAGUAAGUUCCCACCCCACCCCCACCCCAGAGACCCACCCUGCAAAGCGCUGUUCCCGGGGUGUGUCUGCAUCAGAUUUGUGGCCAGCCCAUCUUCCUGAGAAGUUCCAUCUCCUUUAGGAGGGAGAAAAAGGAAGCUUUCAGGGGCAGACAGACUGGUUUCACUGGCAUCCCAGGCCCCUGCUGGUCAGACUGGCUCCUUCCUGCCUGGCUGGAGGCCGAAUACAGGGGCAGCCCUACCUCCCCUCGGCCCUGACUGACUCUGGGUUUACUGCUGUCCUAAGAAUUUCAGUAUAGAGAAAAUAAGGCUUUUGGUGCUGCCUAGGGGACAUUCCCGGCUCUAAUUCUCCCAGAAGGACAUUUGGACACCCAUCGGACUCUCGUCCCAGGUAGAAAGAGACAUCUGAGUGUCCUUGAGACGAAGGAAUGACCCGGAUGGGAAAUGCUGAGUCAGCCAUCUCUGACUCCUCCCCCGCCGCUCUCGGGAGCUCUGAGAACUAUGGUGGAAGAGCUGCCCUAGGCCCACGUGUGUAACUGUGCCCCAACAGCUGUAUGGCAGAUAUUAAACAUUACACUGCACGAAAAA